GCAGGGAGAGGAGGAGCUGAGGGUCAGUGCUGCUGCCGGCACAGAGCAGCCCCUGGGGUUCAGCUUUGCCCAGAAGGAGGAGGCGGUGAGGCUCAGCAGCUGCCCGGUCUCAAACCAUGAACUUUGUGGGGCAGCUGGCUGAGAGCGUCCUCGUCACGGUGAAGGGGCUGUACCAGGAUCUGAACCCUGCCACCCUGUCAGGCUGCAUCGAUGUGGUCGUGGUGAGGCAGCCUGACAACUCCUUCAAGUGCUCCCCGUUCCACGUGCGCUUUGGGAAGCUGGGAGUGCUGCGCUCCAAGGAGAAGGUGGUUGACAUUGAAAUCAAUGGAGAGCCUGUGGAUCUGCACAUGAAGCUGGGAGACAAUGGAGAGGCCUUCUUUGUCGAGGAGUCAGAGGAACAUGAGGACAGCAUCCCGUUCCUCCUCCGCACAUCCCCCAUCUGCGAGGAGCAGAGCCCAGACGAUGCUGUUCAACCCUCCACCAGUGCUGGAGUGGUCCUGCGCAGGAGAAGGCGGCACAAGAGAAGGCCCAGGAAGAAUGAGGUGUUGGACUCUGAUUCUGACAGCAGUGAUGAGACCAAAAGUGAGGUGACCAUAAAGGAGCCACACAAGCUGCCAGCCCCAAGUGAUGCAGCAUCUUCAUCUUUUGCUGAUCCCCUUGAAGAAAUUGGGUUGUUGCAGCCCCAAGAGAUACGCCCGUACUCCGAUGGGGAGCUGCUCAAAGGGGACAGCUUCAUGCUGAGCCAUCAGUCUUCUCGCAAAAGUGAUUCUGAACUGGAGAUCAAACGACAGGAAAGUUUUUCUCUAGGGACUGAAUCCCUCGUGAAGUGGACCUGGGGAAUGCUCCCUCAGGUGAAUAAAUUGGUACGAGCUAAACCAGCCAAGUCCACAAAGAGCACUGAUGCUGCAGUGACCACCAGCUCUGCGACACUGGUCCCAGAGGAUGAUGAAACCUCUCUUGUUGCCACCUCUGAACAUCCAGAGGGGGAUUCAAGCCCAGCAGGUCCUCAGGGCAUACCCCCUUCUUUGCCUGUGCCUGUAACUGAGCCAACACUUGCACCCCAGGCUGAAAACAGCAUCUCCAGGCUGAAGGACAUCCUCCAUGCUGUCAGGGCAAAGAGAUUUUUGGGGGCCUCCUCAGUCCCACAAGAGAAGCAGGUGGAAGAUGUGACUGUUGUGACAGAGGUUCAGCCAGAUGUGGAGCCCUUUGAGGGAGCCACUGCUCCAAGGCAGGGAAGCUCAGAAGGCCCCACAUCCCAGCUGGAGAGGCAGAGGAGGCAAGGAUCCAUCAAAAGAAGUCUUCACUUGCAUCCCAGUGCCAUUUACCUGGAAGACUUCUCUGAGCUGGACAAGAAGCCAGUGGCUCUCUGUUUCCCCAAGAGUGACACAGAGCAGAAUUCGAGGCCUGUGACAGACCCCAGUAACCCUCUGUGUGUGCAGCUGCCAUCCACCUUGCCUGCCAACAGCCCCAUGGGCUCUGACUCAAUGCCCACAGUUGCCCUGUCACUGUGUGGGGGCCUCAGGGGCAACAGGCAGAUCUCUCAUGAGAAGUUCAUGGAACACAUGGUUUCCUACCGUCAGUUUGCUGAGAAUCCAAGGCUCAUCAAUGACCCAAACCUGGUGAUAAUGAUCAACAAGAAGUAUUACAACUGGGCUGUGGCUGGUCCCAUAGUCCUGGCCCUGCAGGCUUUCCAGAGGUAUAUUCCUGAGAGUGUCAUUGACGAAAUGGUGAAGGAGAAGAUGACCAAGAAAGACAGAAGGUUUUGGUUCUCCUGGAGGAGGAGAGAAUUCCUGACAGAGGGGCAGCAGCCGAGGCCAGGGAAAGCCAGCAUGGGAGCACUGUGGCGAAGAGGAGUUUGGCAGAGGCAGGAGGAAAAGGAGUUUUCGAGUGACAAUGAGCCCCAGCACCCUGGGGACAUGUUGGCAAUGGUGGACCCUUCUCAGAAACAUCUGUCGACCUACAAGAUGGGGCAGGAGGAAAAGGAGUCAUCCAGUAACAGUCCGUUCCUGCGACCUGGAGACAUACUGACAAUGAAAGCCCCUGCUCAGAAACUUCUGCCAGCCUACAAGAAAUCCCUGCGGCUCUCCUCUGAACAAAUUGGAAGGUUGAAUCUGCAGGAUGGCCCAAAUGAGGUGGCAUUCAGCGUGACAACCCAGUACCAGGGCACGUGUCGCUGUGAGGCUACUAUCUACCUGUGGAACUGGAACGAAAAAGUGGUGAUCUCAGACAUCGAUGGCACCAUCACCAAAUCAGAUACUCUUGGACAGAUCUUGCCACAGCUGGGUAAAGAUUGGACUCACCGUGGGAUUGUUAAACUCUUCCACAAAAUCCACCUGAAUGGCUACAAGUUCCUCUACUGCUCGGCCAGGGCUAUUGGCAUGGCCCACAUCACCAAAGGCUACCUCAAAUGGGUCAAUGAGCAAGGCUUUGGCCUCCCCAUGGGCCCCAUGCUGCUUUCCCCCAGUAGUCUCAUGUCUGCCUUCCACAGGGAGGUGAUUGAGAAGAAGCCAGAGGUGUUCAAGGUCACCUGCUUGUCAGACAUCCGAAAACUGUUCGCCACGAAGUGUCCCUUCUACGCUGGCUUUGGGAACAGGCCCAACGUGAGUGGGUGCAGGUGUGCAGGGAGGGCUCAGGGGGGUGGCAGUGCCUUCUGUCACAGCAGCUGUCACAUUGUGCUGGCUUUCCUUGGGCAGGAUGUCUAUGCUUACAAACAAGUGGGGCUGCCAGAGAGCCGCAUAUUCACAGUGAAUCCCAAGGGAGAGCUGAUCCGGGAGCUCACAAAGAACCAAAAGUCAACGUACGAGCGGCUGUCGGAGCUGGUGGAGGUCUUCUUCCCUCCUGUGGGACACAGGGGGAGCGCUAGUCUGGUAUAGCCCCUUUGCCUGCUGGAGACCUCCACUGCCUGACACUGACUUGGAUGGCUUGUCCUAACCCUAUCCCUGUGGAGACCUGACCCAGAGCUCUCCUGAAUGUUCUUUGCCUGGACUAAAUGCUCCAGGUGCACUUCAUCCUUCCUGUUUGCUGCUUGGGCAUUUUGCACUUGUAGUAGAGGUCAUGACACCCCUAAGCAGGGAACCAAAGGGGGUAAGAGAGAGCUCUGACUCUACAAAAACUCCAGUUGCUAAACUCAACUGAAAUUUGUGUAUUCCUGAAAUUCCUGAAAGCUGGGUCUCUUCCUGUGUUUGUAGCUCCUCUAAAGCCUGGCUCUUUUUUAAAGGUGGUGGUUGUUCACUGUUAUAUUUAUUACUUAGCUGUUACUACCUCUGGUAUGACUAGUGUUCCAAACAGUCCAGCUACUGGCAGUUUGGUAGCUGAAACUGCCCAGCAGCUUGUAAAGGUUGAGGGAAGAUGCUGGGA